AUGUUCCGAUCCAGCGACCGACCCCGGUUCAAUCUCAAGCUCAAAAUUAUCGAGCUGGCCAAUGUGCCCCAACUGACAGGUGUGGCGACCGUGCGAUGGCAUCUCACCGACCAUCGACGCAACGACUUUCGAGGACGUACGGACGUCGCUCGAAUCCGGAACCACCGAGCCGAAUGGAACUACGAGACGUCCAUGGAGUUCAGAAUGCGAAUAGACGAUGAUAAGAUGCUGCACGGCUCGUCCAUCAUGUUCGAUGUGUUUGUGGAGUCCAGAAACGACCGUCAGAAUGACAAGGAGAUCAACACCUCGGACAGAAACCACCUAGGACGAGUGGAGCUGAAUCUCGCUGAAUACGCCCAGGACGAACCAAUUACGCACAGAUACUUGCUCCGAAAGUCCAAGGUCAACUCACUGCUCAACGUCUCCAUCAACAUGGAGCAGCUGCGAGGAGAUACAGAUUAUAUGAUUCCUCCUCUCUCUACACAGCACAUUUUCGGUCUCAUGAGCCAGAAGGAGACAUCUGAUGCCGGCGGAGAGAGCAAGACGUGCGAGUAUCGAAGAGAAUUCGCCCGAGGUUACUUUGUCUCGCCCCAGGGAGUGUCUGUCAACAAGUGUAUUGAGGACAUUUUCCAUGGAGGGGACGGAUUUGGAGACGGAGGCAAGGGUAUGUUCUGGCAGCCUCCCAAGAAGAAGGGCUCCAAGAGGGAUGCUGAUAUCAAGGAGGAGCCUGAGAAUUCUUCAGGUACCAACGGUAACCAGCCCAAGAAGACCAGUGCUUCUUGCAAGCUCAAGGAGCGUCUCACCUUCCACAAGUCCCAUCCUAACAACCCCCAUACUCCGCCCAAGCCCUCGCCGCUGCACGAAUCUGUUGACCAGGAGCAGAUGCAGGAGGAGAGUGCGGGUAUGCCUCGCUCUACUGAGGACAAUGCUAUGGGAGCCGGUCCCAAGUCCCAGGAACCUGCAGGUGUCAAUCUUGGAGGCAAGCGAGGUGCCGAUCGAGUCUCAGACUUGUACAGAGGCUUCCGGGACUUCCAGAGCACUCGAAGAGACCAGGUCAGACAGGGCAAGAGUCUGGAGAACUUUGUCAUCAACAGCGCUCCUCCUGGUGUGACUCUGCCUCGAGCUACAGACAUGCUCAAUGGAUACAUCAGUUGGUACGUUGUGGACGAGAAGACCGGCCUUGAGGAGGAGGGCUCAAAUCUCGAGGGCCAGAAGGUGGCACACAAGCACUAUGUUGAGCAGAAGAUGAUGCACGAUGAGUUUAUGAGAGAGCGAAUUAACGUGCUGGCAGAGGAGAGCAAGGCUCGGGAGGAGGUGGAGCGCUUCAACAAGUCUCAUGGAAUCGACAAGCCUGCAUACGAGCCACUUCCUCCCAAGAGUGAGGGCAUUCUUCCCGAGAUGGCACAUGCUCAGGCUAUUCAGCAGGAGGCAGAGGCUAAAAAGAAUGCACAGGAGGUUCCCGACCAGAACGGACACCAGGCGUCUUUGCCCAUGGCCCCUGCUGGGGCCAAACACUCUGAGCGAGCUCGUGCAGCCUACGAAUUUGCACCCAAGACAGCUGAGCCCAGCAACUCGGAAGUGGCUCCGGACGUGUCUGGCCAGCGAGACGCUCCUGUUGUCAACAAUGCACGGGAGCACAUGGCCGAGAUGCGACUGGACUCGGAGUUGGAAUCAAAUGAUCACUCUGUGCAGCCCUCUGAGGUGACCGCCGCGCAGCAGCAGCAACAUCAGCCGAAGCAAGAGCCUUCUCAAGAGGCUAACGUGCAAGCAAGUUUUGAUGUUAAUUCUGCUGAGCGUUCCAACACCAACCCGGAGAUUCUCGCUCAGCCUUUGAAGGAUAGUGCAUUGCCGAAGUAG